AUGUCUGUUCUUACAAAACUACAAGCAUCCCUUCUCGAUUUGCCUCUGGAUGUUGCUGACCUAGUUCUGGAAAAGUUGGAGCCCAUGGAUCGACUAAGAUCGCGUAAGGUUUGUCGAAGUUUGAGAACCGCUAUCGAUAAGUUUGCAAUUCGCUUUGACUAUGUUACAUGUUACAUGUCGGAUAACGCAUUUGACAUUAAUUUGAACGGUAUAUCGAUCCGCUACACUGAUGCAGGUAGUAGCGGUACACAAGUUAGACACGAUGAACGAGAAGAGCUAAUCGGAGGAGAGAACUUUAUGGAAAUAGCAUUUAAGGAUUUAACAAUAGCGUGGAAGCAAGUUUCAAAACUGAAUUUAUUUAUCUGAACUUCUGAUGAUUACGACAUUAUCACACUUUUCCUGGACUUAUUGGGAUCAGAGGAAUACAUUAAAGUUAGAAAAAUAUCACUUUGGAAAAACAACUUCGACGAUCUUAUUUCUAUUCUGUCUUAUUUUGACCCACAAGUGCUCGAAGAAAUCGAGUUGACUUAUACUUACUCGGAUGACCAAUUCGAACGGAUUGCUGAGCUAGAUCAAUGGAAAAAUGCUAAACACUUCGAAAUGGGACCUACUGACCGUCAACUAGGUUUUCCCAUUGCAAAAAUUGAAAUCUUUUUUCAUUUUCAAAGUUUCAAUAUAGCAAUCGCCAACUUUUCAGUAGAAAGUGCAAUUCUAAUUAGAGAUGACUUGAUGAAAAGAAGUGCGUUCCAGAAAUGCCGUAUUGAUGUUUUUGAAGGAGGGAAUUAUGACACAUGCGAAAUUAUAAGAGUAUUCAAACCGAACUUUACAAGCCACACAUUUCGUGGAACAAUACAAUGGUCUAGCGGUAACGACGAAUUUGAAAUUUAUGUGGAUGCUGAUCGUGAUUCUCUCAUAUUUUCUGUGGAGAGGCUGCAAUUUUAA